UGGCUGAGUGGUGGGCUGAUUACUUCCCCAGACACCCCCUGCCCCUCCUUACUGUGGGCACUCCCCUCCUUGUUGCCACCCACACUGUGCAGCCCAGAGACCUUGAGUGUUGGAGUGGAGGCUGCAGUGGAUGUGUGUUGUGUCACUGAGAGCCAAACAUGUGGGUGGCAGCUGCUGUGUGGGUGGUGUGGCUGGUGGCAGCUGUGGUGACUGGUCAGGAGAGAGAACGCAGCCACUCCUCUGUUCAGCCUCAACAGAGUGAGAGCCUUGGAGUGGCAGAGGGUGAGCCCAGCCUGGACACCAGCACAGCACGCACACUUCGCAUCGUCACCCAACGGCCAGACCAGCUUCCAGGCCAACAACAAUGGGACCAAAGCAGAGCCACUCCAGGUCACCAAGACCGUGACAGCCUUCCCCCUGGUCCAGCCACAAGCAGAAGAGGCGGAGGUGGAGGUGGUGGUGGCAGUACCAGCAGGCAGCAAGGUGGAUCAAGUCGACGGUAUGGAAGGAGACAGCAGAGUGGCAGGGGACUCAGACAAGGUGGGGGAGGGGGAGGAGGAGGUGGAGGAGGAGGUAGAGGUGAAGGUGGUAGUGGUGGUGGUGGUGGUGGUGGUGGUGGUGGUGUUGGUGGUGGUGGUGAAAGGCAAGGUGGAAGAGGAAGAAGACUGCAACAGCAAGGGGAAGGUGUUAGUAGCAGCAGUGAUGGCAGCAGCACUGACAGCAGGUUCUCUGGUGACAAUAACAGUAGCACCAGUGAAGACACAAGCAGCACCAGCACCAGCACCAGCCCCUCGAAGGUGGAUACUUCCCAGCAGCACACCAACGCCAUCAUCCUGAUGCUGCAGCGGCUCAGCGACAGACUAUCAGGCAUUGAGGUGCUGCAGCGACAACAGACGGAGAGGAUUGGCACCAUCAACUACAGACUGACCAAACUGGAGCUUCAGGCUGAGGAACGCAAGAGUUUUAACAACGACCUGAGCAAUGCCGUGCGUCACCGCAUGGAGCGCACCGACUCCGAGCUGGACCAGGUCAACACCCAGCUGGAUGGAAUCAAGAGCAGCAUCAUGAACCUCGGCCAGCAAUACGUGGACAUCAAGACUGCUGUCAGAGAGAUUCCCACACAAGACAACAGAGGCAGUGAGGUGAAUGGCCUUAAGAUGCAGGCCAUGGUGGGAACACUCCAGGGUCUGAAGACUGCAACAAAUGGCAUCAUAGAGGACAUUGACCAACUGAGCCACAACUUGACGUCCCUCAACAAGAUUGCAAGUAACCUGACAAGUUUAAGUGAGAGGAUGGUAACCAAGCAAUAUCUGCUGGAAAACCUGAGUGAGCUGAAGAACCAAGACUCGGCCAUGUCCCUGCUGGCCAGAACGAUGGUGCAGCCACAGCCCUCCAACAACAGACGAGGCCCACGCAAAGGAGAGCCUGAGGACUGCUGGCAGCUCCUGAGAAAAGGGAGGAAGCAGUCUGGGGUGUACAGCAUCCAGCCCCGCUACUCCCUGACUCCCUUCUUUGUGUACUGUGACAUGGAGACUGACGGAGGUGGCUGGACAGUGAUCCAGCGGCGGGAGGACGGCUCGGUGGACUUCCUGAGGGAAUGGGCUGACUACAAACACGGCUUUGGUAACAUUGCAGGGGAGUACUGGCUAGGGAAUGAGAAGAUCCACCUCCUCACCAACCAGCAGGUGUCAACGCUGCGAGUGGACAUGGCAGACUACGACCAGCAGGUGGGACACGCUCUCUACUCAGCCUUUGCCAUUGGGUCUGAGCUGGAGGGCUACUCUCUCAAAAUGCUCGGCAAAUAUAGCGGAGAUGCAGGCGACUCACUACGCUACCACGUUGGGCGGCGCUUCAGCACAAUAGACGUGGACAAUGAUGCAUGGCCUGAGAGGAGCUGUGCCAGGGACCACAUGGGCGCCUGGUGGUACCGUGCGUGUGAGACCAGCAACCUGAAUGGGCGAUACCUGCACGGCCCUAUCCCAGCAGAGCACCAGUACACCGGCCUCUACUGGUACGACUUCCGUGGCCCCCAGUACUCCCUCUGGCGGUCAUGCAUGAUGAUUCGUCGUGGAGGGAAAGUGGAUCACCCAGUCUUCAAGAACUUCACUGAGAUUCAAGGCCAGACUGACUCACCGAGAGAGGAGGAGGCCGUCACACCCAGAACCUUUGACCCCAACCAAGAUCCUUACGUGACCUUCGACUACCGCGCCAACUAAGGAAGGUGACAGAACCCCUUCCACAUAGCACUGCCAAGACUGUCCACCCUGUGUCCUAUUUGUUAAGCUGUAGCUGUAGUGAAGCUUUGCUAGAACAUUUAAGUAAUUAUUCUCCAUAACACUGAUAUUAAACAUUGUAAAGUUACGGAUGUAUAACGAUGGCACAACUGA